CAAACAAUUGAAGCUACAGGAGUCCAGCCCGGCAACUUUAUGAUCGAUGCAGACCUAGGUCUUGAAAAAGAACAAUUCACAAGUCAGUUUGCAGCUUGGCACGAAAAAACAACAUCAUAUAUGACACCUAGUGUUCCUGGACGACUUUUUCUAAAUAUAUAUAAUAUUUUGCAAAAAUAUAUAACACCUAAAAUUUUACAAUUAUAUAUGGACCAAAUGAAUGAGGCAGUAAUGUAUUAUUGUAAAAAGGUUGAUCUUGAGGACCUAGAUAAUUUAACUUUAGAAGUGGUUAAUAAUGGACCAAUCAAACUUAA